CUUUUCAAAAAUUCACAAUAGGAGUGGUGUAAUUUUAAAACAGAAAAACAACGAUAAACUACCUGUUCUGUCCCUAUUAUUACAGGCUGCAUCAUUUUUUUAAUCUGUUUCUUGCUUUCCUUAUAAUUUACCAUCUUUCUCUGCCAGGAUGCGGAUGCUCUUGAGCGCACUAAGGUCAUUUAUAAAUUAUGUCAUCUCAUCAGUGGCCCGGGUGCUCUCAGACUGCAUGUGCCACAUCCCCCCUUGAAAGUUCAACAUGGCCUCCCAUAAUCCCCUCCUGCCCUUAAUCUGCGCUGCUCCGUGUGCGCCCUCAUGCGGCCCAUUUGGGUAAAGCCCGAGCAUGUGUCAUUUUUCACUUUUGCCAAAGUCUUACUUUGAAGAAAUAUACGAAAAGGUACAGAAGACUUCUGUUUCAUGUUUAAAACACAGUUUCCAAAAUACUUUUUUAAAUAAAAAAUUGUUUUUGAAAAAAUUAGAAGCUUAUGUUUCUCUUAAAAGUCUAAUUCCUUAAAAUAACAAGAAAGUUGCAGCUCUGGAGAAUAUAAAAACGCAUGAAAUCUUUCUUUGGGCUGUUAGUGUCCGCCUUUGCUCAGCUGCAGAGUAAAGUUCCCUCCACUUUACAGCCCGCCCUCCAGUUUGUUCACAGCACAUCACAUUUGAAAUGUAACCCCCACCUGAAACCUCACACAAGCCAAUCAGCUGGAGAAAUGUCAGCACAGUCGGCACACCCUCCUUUGUUCGAACCCAAUCAGAGUUGAAGUGUGGCAUUUUGCCUGAGGGGAAAACUUACCCCUGGAUGCGUUAAGUACGCAUCACUUAGCUGUUGCCAAUGUGUUCACAACGCUGGACCCCCAUUUGGGUUUUUUACAGUGUUUGCCUCCAUUCUUUGGUCAAUCUAGUAUGGAAAGUAGACAACAAUGGCUUGCCAGGCUGAAAAAUGAACUUAGCAACAGUCCUCUGGUGUCAAAUGUGGCUUUUGGCUUCAUCCUCAUGGGACUAGAGAAGCUGGUGGAGCUGGAGUUUGAGUGUCCUUGCAGACCUGCGUGGAACGGAGCUUUUUCAUCCGCAUUCUUCAUCAUUCCUGCCGUCAUGGCCUUCACCUUGAUGCUGAUCAUUCAGGGAUGCAGGUGUGCUGUCUGGUGCAGAAAGACCAUUUCCCUCUCCAGCUUUGUUCCGGCAGUCGUGUGGCUCAUCCUGCUGUUCCUGGACGGUCAAUACUUUGCGUGUGCUAUGACAGACUGGGAGGGCAGAUAUGUGCUUGUUGACAAGGCAGCUCCACAGAAGUGGUGCGAGCCAGUUAAAGAGGGGGAUGUCACCGCUCAGGAGCUCAUGGUCCGCUCCCAGCAGCUGUUUGUCUUUUCUCAGGUUAUAGGCAUAGUCCUCCUCAUUUGCAUCUGCGUGGGUCUUCUAGUGUACCUCAUCAGAGAGAGCUGCCAGCAACAGGUGGAGAUGCAGGAUGCAGAAGUAGCCAACCUCACUGGGAUCAGAAUGAGCUCUCUACAGAACAGAACAUCAUGAGAGGACUGACGCCACCCACUACACCUGCCCUUCUGUCCCUGGAGCCUUCUAGCUACCACAAAUGGACUGGAUUUUGCAUGUGUGUGUGUGUGUGUGUGUGUGUGUUUCUUUUCAUAUAAUGCCAUGCAAAGUGUUGUUUUUAUUCUUGAGAAUUUGAGCAGGUUACCUGUCUGUUUGGUCUCCAGACCCUGCAGAUGUCUGGUGGUUAUCCUGUGACUUAUAUGUAUAAAGGUGUGGUUUUACAUAUCAUUAUGCUUACAGCCACUUGUUGUUAAACAGUGUUAAAAAUGGGGGGAACUCUUCAAAUUAAAACGUUCUUUUUUUUUUUUUUUUUUAAACGAGAAAAUAGUGUAUAAUCCUGUUUAUAUUGUGCUAGUCUUAAAGGAGGGUAUAGCUUAUUAUUACCUUACAUCCACAUUUACAUUUCAAACUGUGACUCCUUUUUGGAAUAUUUUUCUUUACUUUAAAUUUGUUUUAUGUUUUAAUUUGAUUUGUGCUUUUGUGAAAUCUAUAUGAAUUUUACUAUUAUUGCUUUAUUAUUAGUUAAGUAAUAUUGUUUAUGGUUGAGAUGAAAGCGUUUUGUUUGAUGUGUUUUCACCGAAAAAAAAAGAAAAAUGCACACAGAAUGAAGCUUCUGCAUGGUGCAGUGUCUCACCUUUUCUGCUGGUACUUUAACUAAAGCAGUGAUCUGAUGUAUGUGUGCAGGACUGAGAACAUGACAUGUUUCAUAUCUGAAAACAACUUUAAAAAGUAUAUACUACUGUAGGUUUAAACCUGAUUGUUUUUAAACUAAUCAUUUUUUAAUCAUUGUUUUCUAAUAAAACAAAUUAUUUAUUUGAGC